UGAGGAAAACGCGCGAUCAGUUCAGUUUUGACGCGCGUUCACCAAAAGACCAAAAAUGGUUAAGUUACCUGCGAUCGGUAUCGAUUUGGGUACCACGUACUCCUGUGUCGGUGUUUUUCAACAUGGGAAAGUGGAAAUUAUCGCAAACGAUCAAGGAAAUCGAACGACGCCCAGCUACGUCGCCUUCAACGACACAGAAAGGCUGAUCGGGGAUGCGGCUAAAAACCAGGUGGCGAUGAACCCUAAAAAUACGGUAUUUGACGCCAAAAGAUUAAUCGGACGAAAAUUCGACGAUCCCAAAAUCCAAGACGAUAUGAAACAUUGGUCGUUUACGGUCGUCAAUGAUGGCGGUAAACCUAAAAUACAGGUCGAGUACAAGGGGGAGAUUAAGAAGUUUUCACCCGAAGAAAUUAGCUCCAUGGUUUUAGUCAAAAUGCGCGAAAUCGCCGAAUCGUUUCUAGGUGGUAAAAUAACCGACGCUGUCGUCACCGUUCCCGCCUAUUUUAAUGACUCGCAACGUCAGGCGACGAAAGACGCGGGGUCGAUUGCCGGCCUGAACGUUUUGCGUAUUAUCAACGAGCCCACCGCGGCCGCUUUGGCUUAUGGCUUAGAUAAGAAUUUGAAAGGGGAGAGACACGUGCUCAUUUUCGAUUUGGGCGGUGGCACUUUCGACGUUUCCAUCUUGACGAUCGACGAAGGUUCUUUGUUUGAAGUGAAAUCGACGGCGGGCGACACUCACUUGGGGGGCGAAGAUUUUGAUAAUCGUCUGGUAAACCACUUCGUUGAGGAGUUUAAGCGAAAGCACCACAAAGACUUAAAGGGUAAUACGCGAGCCCUGCGUCGCCUGAGAACUGCCUGCGAACGGGCUAAAAGGACACUGUCUUCGAGCACCGAAGCGAGUUUGGAGAUUGAUGCUUUGCACGAUGGCGUUGACUUUUACUCAAAAGUCACGCGAGCACGUUUUGAGGAGCUUUGCAUGGAUUUGUUCCGUUCAACACUGCAACCGGUCGAACGGGCUUUGACUGAUGCGAAACUCGACAAGGGCACAAUUCACGAUGUCGUCCUCGUCGGUGGCUCGACGAGAAUUCCAAAAAUUCAGAAGAUGCUGCAAGACUUCUUCUGCGGCAAAGCCUUGAAUUUGUCGAUAAAUCCGGAUGAAGCGGUUGCGUAUGGUGCGGCAGUGCAAGCCGCCAUUUUAAUUGGGGACACCAGCUCGCAAAUCCAAGACGUCCUAUUAGUGGACGUCGCGCCCCUGUCUUUGGGCAUCGAAACGGCUGGCGGCGUUAUGACCAAGCUCGUGGAGCGCAACUCUCGCAUCCCCUGCAAGCAACAACAAACCUUCACCACGUACAGCGACAACCAACCCGCCGUCACCAUACAAGUGUUUGAAGGCGAGCGCGCCAUGACCAAGGAUAACAACCUUUUGGGUACCUUUAACCUAUCCGGCAUACCACCCGCGCCACGCGGUGUUCCCAAAAUCGAAGUCACCUUCGACCUCGACGCCAACGGCAUCUUGAACGUUUCGGCGAAGGACAGCAGCACCGGCAAAUCGGAACGCAUCACAAUCACAAACGACAAGGGACGACUGUCCAAAGACGAAAUUGACCGCAUGUUAUCCGAGGCGGAGAAGUACAAGGCUGAAGACGAGAAGCAGCGCGAGCGAAUCAUCGCACGUAACCAGCUGGAAGGUUACAUUUUCAACGCAAAACAGGCUGCCGAAGAUGCUCCAGCCGAUAAGCUAACCGAAGACGACAAGAAGUUGGUACGGGACCGAUGCUCCGAAGUGCUCACUUGGCUGGACGGAAAUCAAUUGGCCGAAAAGGACGAGUUUGAGGAUAAGCUGAAACAAUUGCAGAAAGACUGCAGUCCGGUUAUGACGAAAUUGCAUCAAGGUGCUCAAGCUGGUCCAGGAGGUAAAGCGGGACCUACGGUUGAAGAGGUCGAUUAACCCUUUAUUACAUUACUCUCAUAUUUAUUUUUGUAUAUUUGGAUUAUUGUAACUCUCUACAUUCUGUAAAUUACAUUGUCUUUGUCUCGUCGACAAAUGUCCCAGUGGUUCUCAACCGGUUCUCUCUGGAAGGCGCGAAGUACAAGGAGAUUAAUUAUUGCUACAGUUAUUUCUUUAAUAAUGAAACACAAAACAACUAUUGUAGACGUUUCAAUGUCUAAAAGGUUGAGAACCACUGUUGUAUACUCUCUGACCGACCGCACAAAAUUGAAUUUAA